AUGGAUGAAUUUGAACAAGAAGCUUCCACAAUAUCAACCUUUUCAACGGAUACUACUCAAUAUAACAGUUCUUAUUUCUCUUCAUCACAUUAUCUGACUGUUAGUACUGACCCAACGACUUCAUCCACAGAUAGUACCAUGAGUACUGACCCAACGAUUUCAUCUACGGAUAGUACCGUUAGUACUGACCCAACAACUUCAUCUACGGAUAGUACUAUGAGUACUGACUCAACGACUUCAUCCACAGAUAGUACCAUCAGCACUGACUCAACGACUUCAUCCACAGAUAGCACCGUUAGUACUGACUCAACGAUUUCAUCUACGGAUAGUACCGUUAGUACUGACCCAACAACUUCAUCUACAGAUAGUUCCGUUAGUACUGACUCCACGAUUACGUCCACAGAUAGUACCGUUAGUACUGACCCAACGACUUCAUCUACGGAUAGUACUAUGAGUACUGACCCAACGACUUCAUCCACAGAUAGUACCGUUAGUACUGACCCAACGAUUCCAUCUACGGAUAGUACCAUCAGCACUGACUCAACGAUUUUAUCUACGGAUAGUACCGUUAGUAGUGACCCAACGACUUCAUCUACGGAUAGUUCCGUCAGUACUGACUCCACGAUUACGUCCACAGAUAGUACCGUUAGUACUGACCCAACGACUUCAUCUACGGAUAGUGCCAUCAGUACUGACCCAGCGAUUACGUCCACGGAUAGUAACCCCGUCGCUGCCGAGAGUUCUUUGUUCGAUGUUGAAAAUUCAACGCAGUUCAAUGACACUGACGACUCAACAACAUCAACAUUCGAUAGAUUAAGUAUCAUUGAUGCAGUGAAACUGCGAGUUGUUGUUGGUCCUAAAAUACUUCAAAUACAUCGUGGACAAAUAACUUAUGAGCUAACUUGUACCGUCUACGGUGUGGAUGCGAGUACACAUAUUUACUGGAGUCAUGAACAGCUCUAUCGACGUUACGUCUUCACCGAUAAAGAGAUUAAAAGUGCUUUACCUUGGCAAAUAACACACAAAACGCAUAUUACAGUUGCGUUUCCAAAUUCUCUGGAUAAGUAUACAUGUGUCGCGCGAGAUAUAAACGGCAACACUGUCACCGAUACUGUUUCUACGCAAAUAGAUUCUGAUACUUACGACCAAAAUUUUGGAAGGAGUAAUCUUGGUUUUAAACCUUUGCGCAUUAUUGCACCGAAUACGAAUGGUAAAGAUCAUGUAGAAAUUGAAUGUACAGGCGCAGAUUCGUACGAUGAAAGCAAAAUAAAAUGGUAUUUUAACAAUCAGCGUCUUGUUAAUGGGCAUCCCUUCUAUCCUCGUGGAAAAAUCCUUCUUAUUGAUCCAGUUACACCAUCACAGUCAGGAAAUUAUCGUUGUACAAUUGCCAAUCAUCGCUAUGUAGAAUCCUCUAUUAUUCUUACAUUUUCAAAAAAACCAGAUGACAUUGUUCAUCCAGUAUUCGAUCCGGCAAGUCCCUUAUCUAUUAACGAAGGAGAAAGUCAAUUAAUUCGAUGUCGAUCGGGAUAUUAUUUAGCUUACUGUGUAUUCCGCAACGGUCAAAGACUUCCAUCGGGUAUCUAUCAAAAUGGCAAUAUUUUAAUGAUUACAAAUGCAACUUCUCGUUACUCUGGAAUGUAUAAUUGCACACUAAUGAAUAAUGAAGGUAAACUUUUACGCAUUUCAUAUGAAAUUCAAGUGAAACUUGAAGGUCAACGACUGAUUAUCGAGUAUACAGUUAUUUCAGAAGAUCCAGUUGAAAUAGCUUGGAAGAAAUAUGUAAAUCAUAGUUAUGAAUCAAUUUCAUCUGCCUUUAUAAUCGAAUCAAAUCGACUUAUUCUUCAACGUGCUACAUUAGAUGUAAUUGGAACUUAUCAGGUUAUCGUACGUAAUUCAUAUGGUGAAAGUCGACAAAAUCUACGUAUAAAUGUAAAACCACGACGUAGUCAACAACGAGAAUCUGUUCAAGUAACGAUUCAACCAAAAGAAAUUAUAAUUGAAGCUAAUGAAAGAACAAUCUUGAAAUGUGAUGUGAAAGGUGCUCAACAAUAUCGAGUUACAUGGAAUAAAUUCGCUUAUAAUACUAGUCUUCCUGAUUAUGCUCAUCAACAAGGAAAUGAUCUGAUCAUUGUCCCAUUCAAUGAUACAUCUACUGAAACGAUGUAUUUCGAAUGUCAAGUUGAUGUAUCUGGUGAAUCUAUAUCAUAUAAUGCUUACGUACGAGUUACUAUUGGUGAUGGAAAAAGUCAAUGA